AUGCCCGCCCCCUCCUUGCUGGAAAUGGUCAAGCGGCGCUUGCAGCGCAGCGUGGACCUCGUCGUUGACGUUGGCGACAUCCCGUUCCAUGUGCUGGAAUCCGUCUUAAAGAAAAUUGAGAACCCCAAGCAGCUCCGCGACAUCGAGGCCAGCAGCCCACACAUUGCCGAGGACACAGGGCCGUUGUGGCUCAACUUUAUCAAACGCGACAUACAGAAUUGGGAGCAGAAGCCACACAGGCCGCGGAACCCCACCAUGUGGUGCAAGGUCUACUACAAGCUCCGGCGCGAGCAGGAGGAGGAGAUAGUUCAGCAGCAAGAUGCCUUAAAGGCUGCUCUGGCCAAGACGGAACAAGAGCGCAAAAAGAACACCAGCACCCUACUCAACCGCGCUUUCGACCCCGUCCAGCAUCGCCGCACACAUGCAACAUCGGGCCCGUCAGUGAUGAAGGAUCCGCGCAACUAUACUUACAUGCCUGGAGGGCCGAAGAAGAAGCUUACUGGUCGCGGCAUCAUCGCUCAGAUUCAGCAUAAGGCUCAGGCCAGCUUGACGGCCAAGAAAAAUACCUCAUUGAUGAAUGUGCCGACCCAUCUCCUCAGCAGCCGAACCAAAACGAUGGCCGCUCCAAAGAGCAUGGUGGCGGAGAAGAGCAGGGCACCGCAGCCCAUUGAUCGGGGGAAGCAAGCGCCGUCUAGGAGUUCCCUGCCGGCACGUCCAGCACCUACGCCCGGCGACUCGAUCCGAAGGCAGAGGGAAGAGGCGGAAGCGAGACUGAGGGCGCUAACGACUGGGACUGCUCCUCCUACCUCAACGAGGAAGACAGAAGGGACGAAUGGUAACGGGGGAAUGAGAGCUCCAGCGAGCGCUCCAGCAGCCGGAAGUGUUGCGCGACCCUUGAAACGGAAGGCGGAGAUCAACUGUCUGAUGCCACCGAAGAAAAAGUAG